UCAGGAAAACAAUCAAAAAAAUUUAAGUGGAUGUCGCAGUAUUUUAGAGAUGAUACCCUUGUAAAUUUUACUUGACUUUUUAAAAAAGAAUAUGCUUUUAAAUAUUGUGACAUUUUUAGUGUUUGCUUCCAUAUUUAUUAAUUUAACAUCAGCUCAAACCAGUAAAGGCAUAACAAUUUGUGAAGACAAGACCUCCACUAUUAGUUGUAGUAACAAUGAGGCGAUCGCAAUAGGGCGAGCGUUGUUCGGCCGAAAUAAGAACAACCGGGAAUGUCUACCUCUCUAUGGAAUAUUCAGGAUUGUUAAGAGCUGUUCGGUAUCUGGUGACCGUACCCUCCGGCUAGUGAAGGUCAAGUGUGAAGGUCAACAGUCAUGUCAGUUAACAGCCAGCAGAAAGAUAUUUUGUGAUCCAUGCAAGCAUAUUAAGAAAUACUUAGAGGUUGUGUAUAAAUGUGUUGUAGAAAGACAAAAUCUAGUCCCUGUGAUGACAACCAUUACGGGAAGCAUAGAUAUCACAAUAGAAGUCAAAGACGGAAUUAAAGACACAACGAUUUCAAUUUGGAUUCUGAUUUUUGCGAUUGCUGGAUCCGUUAUUUUAAGUGUUAUACUGGUAAUUUGUGUGGUCAAUUUGAUUAGGAGGAAGAAAAAAACGACCAACAAAAAAGAUGUUGUAUGUAAACAUUUGAAAAAGAAACAAUUAGCUGUGAGGAAAAUUCAAUCCGAGUACCAGUCGGAAAUAUCAACAGUUUCUAAUCACUUAUAUGACGCUCUGGAGCCAGAUGAACAUUCUUAUAUCUCUGUUAUAUAGAAAUAUCAACAGUUUCUAAUCACUUAUAUGACGCUCUGGAGCCAGAUGAACAUUCUUAUAUCUCUGUUAUAUAGAAAUAUCAACAGUUUCUAAUCACUUAUAUGACGCUCUGGAUCCAGAUGAACAUUCUUAUAUCUCUGUUAUAUAGUAUUGUGAAACUUGUACGCAAAUAAAGGAUCAUGGUUAA